AUUUAUGUUACUAUUAUACGAACAUAUAAAUUUGCCAUUUUUAUCAGUGUUUGCUCUUUCUUUUCCUAUCAUCAUCAUCAUCGAUUCAUCUUCAUUUUUCGCAGUCGUAGAUCGCACGGGAAGCAAUUCGACCUCUCGCUUCGGCAUUUUAUCUUUCCUCUUUUCCCUUUGAUUCCUGCAUUCAUUCACAGCUCUCCGCACUCAAUCGGGGAAAUCUUGUGGUGUGAACUCAGGAUAUUGGUUAGUUCAUACUGCAUUUAAGCCAAUCAAGUAUCAAGACUAUUUUUAUGUGGGAUUUGAAGUGUGAAUGAUGUGGAACUCCAAGAGCCUGCUUUCUAAAUGAAGACAUCUCGUGCAUGGCAGUUUCGUGUAAGAGAUAUGGUGACUAUGUCUGGGUCGCGUCAGAGAUCGCAUAUGAAGAGGCCAGUAUGGAUCAUCAUACUGGUUUCUAUGGUGUGUCUUUUUCUCAUUGCUGCCUAUGUUUAUCCGCUCCGAACUUCUGCACCCUGUAGUUUCUUUCCCUCUAAAGGUUGUCUAAUUUAUGCCGAAGAAGACACCACACCUUCCAGGGAGCUGACUGAUGAUGAAAUUUAUAGCCGUGUUGUUGUUAGAGAAGUUUUGAAGACACCUCAUGUUGAAUCUAAAAACCCAAAAAUUGCCUUUAUGUUUCUGACCCCUGGUACCCUACCUUUUGAAAGACUCUGGGAUAAGUUCUUCCAGGGUCAUGAAGGCAGAUUUUCUGUUUUUGUACAUGCAUCAAGGGAAAAACCGGUGCACGUAAGCCGUUACUUUAUUGGUCGAGACAUAAGGAGUGACUCGGUAGUCUGGGGUAAAAUCUCAAUGGUUGAUGCGGAAAGGAGACUUCUCGCUCAUGCGCUUAAAGAUCCUGACAACCAGCACUUUGUCUUACUAUCGGACAGUUGUAUACCGCUUCAUAAUUUUGAUUAUAUUUACAACUAUCUCAUGUUCACGAAUGUCAGCUUUCUUGACUGUUUUCUUGAUCUUGGACCACAUGGUACUGGAAGAUAUUCUGAGCACAUGUUGCCCGAGGUUGAAAGGGAAGACUUCCGGAAGGGUUCACAGUGGUUCACCAUGAAACGCCAGCAUGCCCUAAUUGUCAUGGCUGACAGCUUAUACUACAGAAAAUUCAAGCUGUAUUGCAAGCCAGGAAUGGAGCAUGGAAAGAACUGCUAUUCUGAUGAGCAUUAUUUGCCAACUUUCUUCCAUAUGACUGAUCCUGGAGGAAUAGCAAAUUGGUCAGUGACAUAUGUUGACUGGUCUGAGAGAAAGUGGCAUCCCAGGUCUUUCAGAGCUGAAGACAUCACUUUUGAGCUUCUAAGAAAUUUGACAUUUAUUGAUCAGAAUGUGCAUCUGACAAGUGAUGAUAAGAAUCCAGUGACAAUAACACCAUGUUUGUGGAACGGACAGAAGCGGCCUUGUUAUCUAUUUGCUCGGAAAUUUUAUCCUGAGACAUUAGGAAAGUUGAUUAAUCAGUUCUCCAAUUAUACAGUGGUAUAAUGGGCGAACAUGUUCAUUCUUUUUGGUCAAUCGAUAUGGUUGACCUCGUAUUUUUUGGUAUAUAUUAUCAUUAGGAUGCAACGAGACUUGAAAGUGGAAUAUAGUCAGAUGAAUUUGCUGCACACAUACAUCCGUUGCAAUGUUCUGAAAUAUCCGGUGAUGAGCUAUCAGCAAUUCAGCAGUGCUUGACUUGAGGGCCUAUUUUGUUGCAAUUGUAGGCCAACUAAUUUGCAGUCCCUUCUGCCUCCCCUUAGGGUUCCUUGUUAGCCGUGAAAUUUUGGGUUACAGAAAUGCAAUUAGGCUUGUUUUUAAGCGAGUAGAUACUCAUAGUAUAACUAGCCCCCUCACUUUUGGGGUGUAGUAGUAUUUUUUUUUUAACAUUGUAUUUUAGUGCUAUCAACUUUGCUUUGGUAACGAAUACGAAGUACCCCGUCCGUAUAAGCUAGAGAUAUGUUAUUUAGAAACCAACACUGUCACUGUAUCAGAGAAAAAAGCAAAGAAAAAGUUCACCAAAUAAAAGGUUCAUCUAUAAAAUGAUGCAUGGAAAAGAUGCACUUCAUUGUA